GCGUGGGCGUGUAAACACUGUACAACAACAUGCUACUGUUUUUGAGGUGCAUUAAUUAAUUAAUUGGCAUCAGAGAGACCACCAGAAAGACAACAGCAAUGAGUUGUGAUAUAGAAGAUCACAUCACUUCAAAAUAUGACAUCAAAAGGAGAAUUGGAAAAGGGGCCUAUGGCAUUGUAUGGAAGAGUGUUGAUCGAAAGAGUGGAGAGAUUGUGGCAUUAAAGAAAAUCUUUGAUGCCUUCACAAAUCCCACCGAUGCACAGCGAACCUACAGAGAGAUCAUGUUCUUACAGGAAUUUUCAUCUCAUGAGAAUGUGAUUCAACUACUGAAUGUGAUCAGAGCACGUAAUGAUCAAGAUAUCUACUUGGUCUUUGAGUUUAUGGACACUGAUUUGCAUGCUGUUAUCAAAGCCAAAAUCCUCCAACCAGUUCACGUGCAAUACAUCAUGUACCAGCUUUUCAAAGUUAUGAAGUAUCUUCAUUCUGGGAACUGCAUUCACAGAGAUCUGAAGCCAAGCAACGUCCUUCUCAAUUCCGAAUGUUUCAUCAAAUUAGCUGAUUUUGGGCUGGCACGAUCGCUUGUUGAUUUGCCUGGAGACAAUGACUGCACUUUCAAUCCAGCCAUGACCGACUACGUUGCCACUAGAUGGUACAGAGCUCCAGAAAUCCUCCUAGGAUCAGUGAAAUACACUAAAGGAGUCGACUUGUGGUCUUUAGGAUGCAUCCUUGCUGAGUUGAUUAUCGGGAAAGCUCUGUUCCCGGGAACAUCAACGUUUAAUCAGAUAGACAAGGUCCUAGCUGUGGUGCCAACUCCAAACAGAACAGAUGUGGAGAGCAUCAAAGCACCCUACGCCCAGUCAGUACUGGACAGGCUUCUCAGAAAGCGUCGUAUAUCGCUGGUGGACUGCUUGCCAACAGCUACUGAUGAUUGUCUAGAUUUGGUAGGGAAACUGCUUCAGUUCAAUCCAGACAAAAGGCUCUCUGCUCAAGGAGCACUGACACACCCCUAUGUUUUAAGGUUCCACAACCCCAAAGAAGAGCCAGGGCUAGACUACAAUGUAGUCCCUUAUCUGGAUGACAAUACACAGCUCUCAAUUGAAGAAUACAGAGACAAGUUGUAUGAGAGUAUAGUACAGAAGAGACGUGAUCUGAUAGACGCUAGACAGAAGACAUGUGAAGUUGAAGAGGUUGAAGAUGUGGAGUUGAAGGAAGAGCCUUUCUUAUCAACACGAAGGGACGUCACUGACCCACCACUCACCACUGUGUCAGACACAGACCUCCUCAGAAUAAAGCAAUCCUCUCGAGCAAAACUCAAGGCAAAUCCUCAGAAGUCUCCUUAUGCUAGCACUCCACAACACCAGCCCCAGCUCCGUAAAGGGACGAUGGUUAAACAGGGAUCAGCUCUUUAUCAUCAAGGUCGAAGGGGAAGCUUAGGGGCCACUUCAAAGCAAGACCCAAUGAAGAACCAAUUUUCAAGAUCAGUCAAGCGUCCGACUGCCAUUAGGAGCCAAGUUGGGAAAACGCAUAGCAGACAGGGUGCUGCUACUCGGACCCAGGAGCCCAAUCAUGAUGACCAGCUCAUGAUCACAAGUGCCAGAAUCAUACCGGCAGCUCGACCCACGUCCUCUAAGAACAAGAUAGGGUCAAGAGGAGGCCCAUCAAGAUUUGCUGGUGGGACAUACACACAAACACACGGUGUGAUAUCGAAAUCCAACCUCACACACCUCAAAGAAAACAAGUGGUAGAUAUAAAAUUAUAGCAUUAAUUAUUUAUUCAUUUUUUAUGCUUACUUUAAUUAAAACUUUUUUCUGCACAAUAAUUCAUUAUUAACA